AUGCCUCCGAACACUCUACAUCACUCUUCGGUACACUGGUCCAACGUCUCCCUGCUCUUCUGUCAUCUGGUAUCCACUUCGAAAUUGUACGAACGCAAUUCACUUAAUCCGUUCCUCCCCACGGCAAAGUUUCACAUGGGUGAGGAUUUCUAUUGUUUGGCUCGGGUAGCCCAGGACUAUGUCGAACUUUUCCCACCACCUGACCGCAAAAUGUUACUCCUAUCCCUCAUAGAAGGCGAGGCCAACGACCUUGUCCGAGACGAGGGCGUGCUUGACUCACCCAUUACCCCAGAGACAUUCCAACAACUACAGGACUGCCUCACAGACCGCCUCCAGGAAGCGGAACUCGUUCAGCAAUUCCAAACCCGCGUUUAA